AUGUAUGUAGAGAACCUGGAAGAUGACCUGGCCUUCCUGCUGCCCCCUGCUACCCUAGAAGCCCUGGCAGAUGCCUGGCUCCGAGAGGACUGCCCAGGUCUCAACCACACGGCCUUGGUCAUCGGAGCAGCUCCCUCACAGGCAGCGUUAUGGGCCAAGUCCCCUGGGGUCCUGGCUGGGCGACCUUUCUUCGAUGCCAUUUUUGCCAAACUGAAUUGCCAGGUCUCUUGGUACCUGCCUGAGGGAUCCAAGCUGGUGCCUGUGGCCAAGGUGGCUGAGGUCCGGGGCCCUGCCCACUGCCUGCUACUAGGGGAACGGGUAGCACUUAACACACUGGCCCGCUGCAGUGGUGUGGCCAGUGCUGCUGCUGCUGCUGUGGAGGCCGCCAGGGCCACCGGCUGGAAUGGCCAUGUGGCGGGCACGAGGAAGACCACACCAGGCUUCCGACUAGUGGAGAAGUAUGGGCUCCUUGUGGGUGGGGCUGCUUCCCAUCGCUACGACCUGGGAGGGCUGGUAAUGGUGAAGGACAAUCACAUUGUGGCAGCUGGUAGUGUGGAAAAGGCGAUACGAGGGGCCCAAAGGGCAGCCAACUUCAUUCUGAAGGUGGAAGUGGAGUGCAGCAGCCUGCAAGAAGCUGUGGAGGCAGCUCAGGCAGGAGCGGACCUUGUCCUGCUAGACAACUUCAGGCCUGAGGAACUGCACCCCACAGCCGCAGCACUGAAGGCCCAGUUCCCGAACAUAGGUGUGGAAGCCAGUGGGGGCAUUACACUGGGCAACCUCCCUCAGUUCUGUGGGCCCCACAUUAAUGUCAUCUCUUUGGGGAUGCUGACCCAGUCUGCCCCGGCCCUUGAUUUCUCCCUCAAGUUGUUUGUUGAAGGGACCACACCAGUGCCCUAUGCCCGCCGGUCCUAA